UUUCUUUGCACAUUUUAGGGAAUACUCUAUAUGUGGUCUCUUUGUCGUCGUCUUUGUUAUUCUUUUCAUGUUCUCCAUUCUCUCUCCGAGGAUUGUUGACCGGCACAUAGAGCACAUAGGAUGUGAGAGAAAGGAUAUUGCGUUCUGGUAUUACGGGAUAACGCUCUGAUCCAGGGUCCUCUCCCAGCCCGUCUGUGACCUAUGGAACCAGGAGGCUAAUGUUGACAGCUAGCGGCUGUUGUUUAAGAUACAUGCUAAUGUUAGCCAACUUCCCCUGCACUGUGGCUAGUUGAGGUGUAAGUUCAGCCAAGAUUUGCCCGCUUAAACACUUUUCCGGAUUGCAAAAUGAAUGCCAACUGACCACCAGCCGGCGUGCUGUCGAAGAAAGUGAGCCGUCUACUCAACACUCCCCAGUGGGCAGUGAGCAUGGAGCCGUGGGAGAGGACCGACACCCGGGCAGCACCCAUCUCCCUCCCUAGUCCCUACGUCACCAAUCCGAGGACCAGUCCGUUGUUUAUGAGCCCGGGACAGAAGUCUGACAGGACUGAGGGAGGGACUGAGGGGAGAGGAUGGAGGCCAGGCAGGAAUGGGCCCAGCAACCCUGGGGACAGACGGAACAGGAACGAUGCUGACAGUCGGACUAGUGAGCGACGGACGGGCGACGCUGGGGACCGACGGACCAACGACGAACGCCCCCGGCCGCACACCGCCUCGUCUAGAUGGGAUCCACAAACCAAGAGAACGAGGCACCCAAGUGAACCCCAGUUUAAGGACGGAAGGUUUGGCCAGAGAUCCCCGGACGGAUCAGCAAGAGCUCCGAGGGGCCCCAGGUCCGCCCCCGGCCCUGCACGGAGCCACGGGGGCCCUCCGCGCGCCGAGCCGCCCGUCAGGGGCCCUCCCCACGGGGGCCGGCCCCACGCCAGCCGGGUCACCUUCGAGGUCAAGAUGGCCGAUUUCCCUGAGCUGGCCGCCGCAACGCCAGGAACCUCUGCCCCUCCCGCCCCGAGCUGGGGCCAGAAGCCCCCCUCCCAGGGGCCUCACACCCAGGGGCCUCACACCCAGGGGCCUCACACACAGGGGCCUCACACCCAGGGGCCUCACACCCAGAGGCCUCACACCCAGGGUCCCGUGUCUUCUAACAAGACGCAGUCCGUUAACGAGAGGCCAGCAGGAAGUCCAGGCCCACGCAGACACGCCCGUGAUGUCAGAGCUGUGUCAGCGUCUCGCUCCCCUGACGGGGGAAGGCUCCAUGCUGUGAAACCAGGCCCUGUGAAGGCCUCCCCGGGGGGCCUGGAGAGACCGGCCUCUGCCUCCACCUCCUGGGCCAACGUGGCCUCCCAGCCUCCGAGGAAACCCGCCCCGAGAGAGGACCCCUUCACUGCCGCCCAGGUACCCACCCAGGAGGAGCAGGAGGACGGCUCGUCGGAGAGGAAGAAGAGGAAGAGGAAGAAGAAGCCCCCCCGGACCUCGGAGGAGGAGCCUGAGGAGCCGACGCCCCUCCAGGAGCCGCCCAAGUUUGAGGACGAGGAGGAGUUCCCAGACCUGGGCCGUCCCUCGGCUGGAGCCUCCAGACCAACGGCCAGCAACCCCACGGCCCCCCCGGGGACUCAGAAAACUGAGAAGGCCUCUGGGAAGAAGAGCAAGGUUCCUCUGCAGCUGGACAUCGGCACCAUGCUGGAGGUGCUGGAGAGGAAGCAGCAAUCCCAGAAGUCCAAACACGAUGCCAAGCCACUCUACCUGUCAGUGGGAGGAGCCUGUCCCCUGAGUCUGAAGCAGCCAUUGGUCCAGAAGAAGGGGGCGUGGCAGCAGGACAAGUUUGCGCACAACCCCCUCGACUCGACGAGCCCAAUGGUGAAGAAGGGCAAGCAGAGGGAGGUGCCCAAGGCCAAGAAACCCACCCAGCUGAAGAGGGUGAUCCUAAAGGAGCGAGAGGAGAGGAAGCAGAACCGGCUGCUCCAGGAGAGGGUGGUGGACCCCCACCAGGACCCCAGACCGGACCAGGACAGGGCUGUGGACCCCCACCAGGACCCCAGGCCGGACCAGGACAGGGCUGUGGACCCCCAGCAGGACCCCAGGCCGGAUGAACCCUCAGCCGGAGAGCAGGCCCUGAGCGGGGACACGGGGGAGGAGCCAGCGGACCAGAGACACCUGGCCGACUCAGACGCUGAGGAAGAGCGAGAGGAGGAGGAGGAGCAGCAGCAGGAGGAGGAGGAGGUGGAGGAGGAGGAGCCAGAGGAGGAGGAGGAGCCAGAGGAGCCGGCCACUGUGGAGCCCCUCCCCCCCACCACCCCCCACAACCAGCCCAAAAUCCACAGCAGGAAGUUCAGAGACUACUGCAGCCAGGUCCUGAGUAAGGAGGUGGAUGAGUGUGUGAGUGCGCUGCUACGCGAGCUGGUGCGGUUCCAGGACCGGCUCUACCAGAAGGACCCCAUGAAGGCGCGCAUGAAGAAGCGUCUGGUCAUGGGUCUGAGGGAGGUCCUCAAGCACCUGCGGCUCGGCAAGGUCAAGUGUGUCGUCAUCUCGCCCAACUGUGAGAGGAGCCAGUCCAAAGGUGGUCUGGACGAGGCGCUCCACACCAUCAUAGAGACGUGCCGGCAGCGGGCCGUGCCCUUCGUGUUCGCCCUCUCCAGGAAGACCCUGGGCCGCUGCGUCAACAAGGCCGUGCCCGUCAGCCUGGUGGGCAUCUUCAACUACGACGGGGCGCAGGACUUCUACCAUAAGAUGAUCGAGCUGUCCUCGGAGGCCAGGAAGGCGUACGAGGAGGUGCUGGAGCGCGUGGAGCUGGGGGGGCCACCGGAGGAGGAGGGGGUGGAGGAGGACCCAGGACAGCAGCGCCUCCGCCCUGGUGCCCCCCCUCCCCCCCCGGCCCGGGUGGAGGAGAAGGAGGAGAAGGAGGAGCCAGAGUACAUUAAGCUGUGGAGGAAGAUGCUGGAGAACGACUGCAGUCACCCGUUCCUGAACUUUGAGGAGCAGCUGGGCUCACUGCGUCUGGACGGAGAAGAACCGCGGGAGCGAGCUGAGCAGAGCUGACCCUGAGCCACACCCCCCCCCCCCCGCCCCCCGCCCCCCUCCCCUUCCCCGUGCCUGGUGGUAUAGAGACCACGGCGUCCUGAUGGCGUCCUGAUGGCGUCCUUCUGGGCGUGGCCGAGGAGCCCCCCAGCCCCUGAGCGCCGCCCCCCUCUGAGAGACGCUGCUGUUGAGGGUCUCAGCGUCAGACGAUGAAACGUGAAUCAAACAUGACCUGUUUAAUCAGAUGAUGAUAUAUUUUAUAUAUAUAUAAAUAUAUAUACACAGCGGGAUCGUAAUAACACAGUUUAAUCCUGUCAGCACCAAACCGACGACGUUUUGUAGUUGGACGUCAGCUGGGACCAAACGGUGACAAAGCUCUGGAGUUAAUCUCUCUGGGUCCCGCGUGGACCCAACGCCGCGACCCAACGCCGCGACCCAACGCCGCCACGGAACGCCUCGCCAAUCAUGGGACUGCGCCGUUACCGAGAAAAUGUGAUUUAUCAGAGAACGAGUGAUAAUGGUGGCCUUCAACACACACACUCAAACACACACACAUACACACACACACUGACACAGUCAGAGCUCUACAUUCUGAUCUCUAGGGAGAAAUGAUAACUUUCUGGUAGACCGUGGUCUCUUUUCUUUCUGUCGUUCUUAUCCAAUCACGUUCCACGGUGCUUCUGUUGUCUGGAUACGGCUGAAUGCUCAACCAAUCAGCAGCCAUUAAGUUUAGCACUGCAAAUAGCUUUCCAAUUGCUCCAAACGACCACCUUGACGACCUAACCACUGAGCUUUCACCUUAUGAUUGGAUGAUGAUUUUUAGAGACUGUUUUUUUCCUGGUUGAUUUACUUUGUGAUUUUGUUUUCUGCAACUCUGAAUAUGUGCAUUAAAGGUGUAAUGUGCAGGG